UGAAACGGUAAUGUGUUGACUAGGAACUGUUUUUGUUGUUGGGGUAUUUCACACGGACCAUGUAAAGUAACACCACUGGUCCCAUCUUGGUUAGCGCGAGAGAAGAGACUGCCAUAUUACAGCUGCAUCGCCAGCACUCCUUACGGUGAUGGACCCUCCUGGUGGGGGAGACGAGCGUCGGAGGCAGGCAGAGCGACUUCAGCGAGAGGAGGCGUAUUACCACUUUAUAAAUGAACUAAGUGAGGAGGAGUAUCGCCUUAUGAGAGACAGCAACCUGCUGGGCACUCCUGGUGAGGUGAGUCCUGAAGAACUCCAGCAACGUCUUGAUGGAGCAAAGGAGCGGGCUGCAUCUCAGCCAAGCACUGAACAGCCAUCACAGAUUGUGGAUGCUGCCGAUCAAAAUACUGCUGGUGUUGUGGAGGGAGAACAGCGGGAGGCACAUGCGAGGCGUGGAGCAGGAGCCACAGAGCCUGCAGCAGAUGCAUCAAAUGGAGACUCAUUAUUGGAGUGGCUGAACACAUUCAGACGCACUGGUAACGCUACCCGCAGUGGGCAGAGUGGCAACCAAACAUGGCGCGCUGUCAGCCGGACCAACCCCAACAGUGGAGAAUUUCGGUUUAGCCUGGAGAUUAACAUCAACCAUGAUCAGACGGAGCCUGGGGAGCAAAAUGACACUUUAGACAAUGCAGAUGUAGCAGUACCCCCUCCAACGACAACUGAACCCCCAAGUCGCAGUGCUCCAUACAUUUCCAACCUACGCCCGUCGACAACACCAAGGCCGGCUCCUUACCCUUCACCGCGCCCUGCCAUCAAUAGGAGGAUGCAAACCCGCCGCACCAGAAGCAGUGUUACUUCCUCUCCUACGCCAAUGCCUCCACCUCCGCUGAUGGCAUCUGGACCCACUUCUACUCUGCGCAGGGGUGUCACCCUGGACCAAUUAGUGACACCUGAUGCUCCAGCCAUGAUUGACCCGACAGCUUCCCUUCAUCAACCACUGAGUGCUAGUGUAGAGCAGGGACGUGAUGAUGUGACUGUUUCUCUAGACUGCCCCCCUCUGUCUGGGCUUCAGCUGCCUUCGGCUGCAUCUGAGUCCCGUGUUAGUAGGACUCGAUCACGUGGACGCUCACGCAGAUUUACAUCAGGGGGUGGCCUUUCCCCACGUUUGACUCGGCCAAGUCGUUCUCCCUUUCAUAGGCUCUCUAGCCUCAGUUCCUCCUCACCGUCCCACAGUGGCGUCAGUGAUUCCAGCAUCUACGUUGUAGAAUCAGGCACCAGCUCAAAUGCUGUUUCCAUGGAAACAAGACCGGCUACAGUGGAACCUGCAGUUCUCUCUGAGUCAAAUACAGAAACUGGCUUACGUGAAAGUGACCCGCAUUUGACAGGAGGAGGUUCAGCCGUCCGCCGACACCCAACUAUCAUGCUGGACCUCCAGGUAAGAAGGAUCCGGCCCGGAGAGAACCGUGACAGGGAUAGCAUCGCCAGCAGAACACGCUCUCGAGCCCGAGUUGCUGAGAAUACUGUCACGUUUGAAAGUGACAGAGGUGGAUUUAGACGCACUAUCUCUCGCUCUGAGAGAGCAGGCAUCCGCACGUAUGUUAGCACUAUCAGAAUCCCACUGAGGCGCAUCAGUGAGACUGGCCUAGGAGAACCCAACUCCACCGCUCUGCGGUCUAUCUUGCAUCAGAUCAUGACAGGAUUUGGAGAACUCAGCUCUCUUAUGGAAACAGAGGGUGAUUCUGAAAAUGUUGCCUCUAACCAGGUCGAUGUGAGUGGAACUGGUAAUUUGUCCACCCCAGCUAGCCGAACUCAAACAGUGGGCCCGAUGGGCGCUGAGAGUGCUGAUCAGGUCAGAGUGGGGCGAGAGGAGGUGGACCAGGCAGGCCAAGCCCUUCUUGGAGGAGGAAUUUUGAAUGCUGCGGAUGGACGAGCCACGAGCAGGGACACCAACAACCUAGUAGAAAACGGCACUUUACCCAUCCUACGCCUGGCACAGUUCUUUUUGCUUAAUAAUGAAGAAGUAGUUGAACACCCUCGUGGCCUGACCAAAGAGCAGAUUGACAAUCUGGCCACUCGUACUUAUGGCCAGAUCAGCCUCGAAGGCGAGAUGGGUCGCACGUGCAGCGUCUGCAUCAAUGAGUAUGAACAGGGCAACAAGUUGCGUCGGCUACCCUGCUCCCACGAGUUUCACAUCCACUGCAUCGACCGCUGGCUCUCCGAUAAUGUCACCUGUCCCAUCUGCAGGCAGCCCAUUCUCACGGUACAUCAUGACUGACCUGUCAGCUGACCAACGCAACUGUCGGGCGCUGACAAGAUGAACGAACCUCAGUGGGCUGUGCAUGUUCGCAGUGCUUUCAUGGUCAACUUUGAUGAAAGUAAUGAACAAUGAACCAAAAUUCUAUGGAAAAAGAGAAUAUAAAUGCAGAAAAUGUAGAUUUUAUUUUUUUAGAUUUUUUUCUUUCACCAUUUUCUCUCUUAACACAAUGCUUUAGAAACUUCUCAGUUCAUGACAUGGAUGGAAACGGCCUUGUACACUUUUUAGGCUUAGGUUGUCUUGACUGGACAAAUCACUCUUUGGUUGUAAACUUGGAACUUUGCCGUUUGUGCUGUAAAUACCUCACUGUUGCUUUUUUUCAUGCUCUUCUGCUUGGACUGGAAGUUAAUUGUUCAAUGAAUCCAUGUAAAUUGCGUGCAUCCAUUUUAAUUUUUUUUCUUUUUUUAUUAGUUAAUCAAAAUGUUUUCCAGUAGUACGUGCCAGAUGUAUUUAAUAUCAAAUACUUCAUUCUGUUGUUUUGUACUUUCUGUUUUCCCCCUGCACACACUGGCGCAUUGAUUGAAAAUAUAGACUUAAGUCCUUCACGUGUUAUUUAAAAAUCAGCAGCGUUCAAGUAAAACUUUCAGAUGGCACGCCAUGUGUAAUGGAGAAUUGAGUUGUGCAAUAGAGAGAAAAUAUAGUAUUUAAAGUUGAUGUUUACUUCCACGUUCAAGUUAAUUUCAGUUUGAAAUUCUUCUGUACCAUAUUUAUACUGUUUGAAAAAAUGUUUCUGUUUGGGUAACCGGCAAGCGUUCAAAUCCAAAACGUGGGAGUCAAUAAAAUGCUGUUUUAUUUUUUGUGUUGUUGCCAUCGUUGAUCUGUUGCGCUUCGACGGCUUUUUUUUUGUCACCAACAAUCCAUCACGUAUUUGAGUGGCCCAUGUCGUAAAUUCUGUGCGUUUAAAAGGAACUUCUUGUCCCAUAUCUGCUCCGUUUCUUUUUAGUGCUGCACAGGGGAGUAAUGUGGGCGUAAAAGCAAACCAGUGUGUCUUCAUCCAGGUCACCUUCAAUAAAGGUAUUACACAGGCGCUAAUUUGUGUCUGCUGUUGGCACGUCACUAAUAACACUGUGAGAAAGAAGCUGUAUGUAUGUAUGUGUGUGUGUAAAGACAGAAAGGCUGCAGUGUUUGAAUGAAACUUCUCUAGAAGGGGGAUGUUCAGGCACUCGUGCAGAAUUGCGUUGUUUAUCUGCUGUGUUUUAAAAGGUGGAAACGCAACUUUUCUAACGUGAUGCGUGUGUGUUACAGUGCUGUGUGAUGAGCGUGAGUCAAGUUGAUGUUAAAAGACGGGAUCUGUUGCCAUGUAAUAAAAUGAAGACGUGGGUUUUCAUCUGCUCCUUAACAGAAUAAAAUAGCUUUGUUAUGCCUCA